AUACGACAUUAUUUAUAUGGUCGCGGAUGUCUUGGUUCCGACUAUGUACUGACGAUGACGAUGAGUUGUACCUUCGGCCAGAGUUUUGAACAGGAAGUGUACUGCACAUAUUGAUUUCUUAAAACAUUUCCGAGAAGUACCUGAACACAGCACGAGUCUAUACAAGUCUCCAUUCUCAUGUUUAGUCCUGGCUGUGUGAGCUUCGUGUAGCGAAGUUGAGUAGUUUUUAAUCUAAACCAGCAUUUUUGGUGCGAUUUUUUUCACCAUUUAACCACAUAUAUGCAGCUUCACCGUCCUCAUAACUAAAACGACGAUGACGUCUAAAAUUAAAGCUGGGAAGGUCGGCUCGAAGAAUAAGGAGGAUGCUCCUUAUGAGUUGGAGAGCCAGUUUGUCCUGAGGCUUCCUUCGGAGUACGCCUCAACAGUAAGAAGGAUUGCCCAGUCAGGCAGUAUGAACAUAAAAGACAGGCUCACCAUCGAGUUGCACCCUGAUGGUCGUCAUGGCAUAGUGAGAGUGGACCGUGUCCCUUUAGCCUGCAAACUGGUGGAUCUGCCGUGCAUGAUAGAGUCUCUGAAAACGGUGGACAAGAAGACAUUUUACAAGACUGCUGAUGUUUGUCAGAUGCUGGUGUGCACACUAGAUGGAGACCUUUACCCUCCUUUAGAGGAACCAACUGGAACCGACCCCAAGAGCAAAAAGAAGGACAAAGACAAGGACAAGAAAUUUGUUUGGAACCACGGCAUCACAUGCCCCCUGAAGAACACACGCAAGAGAAGAUUUCGGAAAACUGCGAAAAAGAAGUACAUUGAAUCUCCUGAUGUGGAAAAGGAGGUGAAGAGAUUGCUGAGCACAGACGCUGACGCUGUCAGUGUCCGGUGGGAAAUCAUAGCAGAGGAUGAGUCCAAGGAAGCGGAUCAGCAUGGCUCUCUGAAUAACCUGGACUCCUCUCCUGGCACCUCGGGACACAAGAUGGGUCACGGGUCCUCUGCCCAGCGUGACGAACUGAGGGAAAUCUUCAACGACAUCAGCAGCUCCAGUGAGGACGAGGAGGACGAAGGGGACCGGCACGAGGACGAGGACCUGAAUAUCAUGGACACGGAGGAUGAUCUGGUCCGACAGCUCCAAGAGAAGCUCAACGAGUCCGAUUCUGCACAGCAUGAGAGUGACAGAAACAACCAGAUAGUUAUGGAGUAUCAGGUGCAGAUCAACGGCGUCAAGGCCAAGCUCCAGGAAACCCGCGCCCGAAAGAAACAGCAGGAGGAGCUAAUCAUGAAAGUGGAAAACCAGGCCCUCAAAAACCGCUUCCAAGCUUUGUUGGAUGAGAUUAUUCAGCAGGAGGAGCGGGAGAUGGAGCAGCUGGCCUCCCUGCAGGAGCAGCUGGACUCACUGAUAGAGAAGUGACCACCACCAGGGGGCAGCCUCAUGUCACUGACACACACGUGAAGAGGAGGAGAGGAGGGGAAGGAGGAGGAGGAGGAGGAGGAGAGCCUUCAUCUAGGGAGGAGGGAGUCUUUAUUAGCUAACUUGCUGUGUCAUUCCUUUCAGUUUGUUAUCUCCAUACAAUACGCAUACUGCAUACUGAUUUAUGUAUUAAAGGUCAGUGGUUUUUUAUUAGGUUGACAAAUUUUGUUUAUGACUGUGUGAUUGAAGUAUUUCAUUGGCUCAAUUGUGAAUAUUUUUGCUUGUCAUCUUAACAUAAAUGUACUCUCAGCCAACUCACCUUCUCUGUAUUUCAUUAUAUAUGAAGAAUAAAUUACAGCGAAACACAAAA